CUCAUCAGAAUGUUUAGCCAUUUGUCUCUGAUCUCUGGCCUCUUUGAAAGAAGCCAGAUCUCUGGGUAACAUCUUCAAGGGAGAGAACAAAAGGCUCCUGGACCUUCUGAACAUAGGGGCCCACGUAAUGGUGCAAGAAGGGCAAUCUCAGGGUAGAGAGAAAGCAGCGUGGUGGUUCCAAGUGAGGCUCUGGUCUGUUGCUCUGAUUUCCAUAGCACUCAUUGCUGCUUGUUUCAUUUUGAGCUGUGUGGUGACUUAUUUUAAAUGUGACAGAACUGGCAAAAAGCUGUCUGAACUACAAACACAUUAUUCAAGUCUAACCUGUUUCAGUGAAGGGACAAGGGUGUCAGAAAAAGUCUGGGGAUGCUGUCCAAGUACUUGGAAGCCAUUUGGUUCCAGCUGCUAUUUCGUUUCCACUGAACAAAAUUUUUGGACCAAGAGUGAGCAGAACUGUGUGGGGAUGGGGGCUCAUUUGGUGGUGAUCAACACAGAAGCAGAGCAGAAUUUCAUCAUCCAGCAGCUGAAUGAAUCUCUUUCUUAUUUUCUGGGACUCUCAGAUCCACAAGGCAAUGGCAAUUGGCAAUGGAUUGAUAAGACACCUUACAAGGAAAAUGUCAGAUUAUGGCAUCAGAAUGAACCCAAUUUUUCUGCAGAGGAAUGUGCUUCAAUAGUUUUCUGGAAUCAGAGAGGAUGGGGCUGGAAUGAUGUUUUCUGUGAUUCUAGUAGGCAUUCAAUAUGUGAGAUGAAGAAGAUCUACCUAUGAGUGAGACUUUAUUCAUCGAUGCCUUUAAAGUUGAGACCUACCAUAAAAUGACAAUUUCCUCUUAUAAUUUAUGUAUAAUCCUUAUCAUAGAAGUUCAUGGAAAUAUUUGGAUGCCUUUCUCCCUUCAUCUCUCUUCUAGCUUCCUCUUUUCCACAGAUAGUUCCAUCUUUUCCAAUGACAGAAUGAGCUCUUCCUUCCUUUGUUUUUUUCUUUAAUUUGUUAUUCAUUCUUUUCUUUCCUUUCUUCAUACUUCUUUUCACAAACAUGUCUUUUGCCAGAUAUUGCACUAUUUUGUCUAUUAGAAGAUUCAUAAGGAGGUAACUUUUGAAAAUUAUGACCCUCCUUCCUCAAAAUGCCAUUGAGAAAUCCUUUUGAUCAAGAUGGUGACUGGGACUGCAAUCAUCUGAAGGCCUGGCAAGAGCUGAAGGAUCAACAUUCUAGAUGUCUCACUCACAUGGCUGGAAACAUGUUAGUGGCUAUUGGUUGGAGGCCUCAAUUCCUCACCACAGGGAACUCUCCAUAGGGUUACUUGAAUCUCCUCACAAUGUGGUGGCUGGCUUCCACCAGAGUGACUAAUCUAAGAGAGCAAGUAAGGCAUCAAUGUCUAUUAUGAUCUAGUCUCAGAAGUCAAACCCCAUAACUUCUGGUGCAUUCCACUGGUCACAUAGACCAAACAUGAUAUAAUAAAGAAGGGGACUACCCAAAGGCAUGAAUAGCAGAAGGUGAGAAUCAUUGAGGGCCAUCUUGAAGGUGGGCUACCAUAGCAAGAUUUUUUUUAAAAAAGAUACAAACUAUGUAUACUGAGAAGGAAAAUAAUUAAAAGUUGUUUUAUACUAAAAUUAUGUUCAUAAAAAUACUAUAAAGAAAAUUAGAAAAAAUUGAACUGGGAGAAGAUAUUUCAAAGACUAUGACUAACACAGUAUUAAUACCAAGAACAUAUAAGCAACUGUCACAAAUCAAUUAGAGAGACAAAAAAUGGGCAAAAUAUUUGAAGAGCAUUUCAUAGAAGAGGUAAUACAUAAUCCAAUAAACAUAUUUUUAGAGAGAUGCUCAACUUCACUCAUAAUUUAAGAACUGCAAGUCAAGAACACCAUAAUUACUAUUCUGUACCCAUCCUUUUGUUUUUUUGUGAGGAAGACCGGC